AUGUCUGUGUCCUCAGAAGAUGUACCCCAACUUGUGGAAAAACCCACUCCGACUAAAAGAAAAAGGCCUUCUCCAACAAGAAAGGGAAGUAAAGCCAAGAAGGCGAAAUCAUCAGCACCCAUCAAAGUAGAGUGGAUAAAAGGACUAUCGCACAUCUUCUUCGUACUGCUGCAUAGAGCAGUGGAGAGUCAGAUUCAGGAGUCCCGCCGGCCGGAACCUCCAAGACCUCGAAGCAGAGACAUGUAA